UUAUUUUGAUCAUGUUUGAUCAUCAUGGCCUCCACAACUCUCCUUAGUACCAAGAAUUAUUUCCUACUGCUCAUAUAAACUGUGAAUGUGACUCCGUGGAGACUUGCCACUAUAUGGUUAAUGUUAAAUGACGGCGUGGAAAAGUUUGUCGGUCCGCUCUCCAAACCGCUUCGAACUAGCUAAGUUAGCUAUUCCGGGCCUCCUGUCAGUGCCAGCUCCGUGCACCAGCCACAAGACUAAGAAAUAACACGGUUGUACUCGGAGGCAGCACCGAUACCUGUACUGACGGCUCCAGCUGAUCUGAGUGAGAGUAAUUCGGACAGGCGUGGACUUCAAACCGUGAAACCUCGUGCACCAACAGGAGUGAGAACAGAUCAGAUGGCAGCUAGCAGCUCCAGUUUCAUGUAGAACCUGUCUGGAUGGAGGAGACCCUAAAAACGGCGUUAUGGCCAGUGGCUGGAAUACCUGCGACUACAGCCACAAUGUCACUUUCUUCUACAACUGGGUGGGCAAGAAGGUCAGUGUAGGGUGGACACCGCGGGACUUUGUGGUGAUCGGACUUGGCUUGACCGUAUGUCUCAUCGUGGUCCUGGCCAAUCUGAUGGUGAUGGUGGCCAUCUUCAUGAACCACCGCUUCCACUUCCCCAUCUACUAUCUCCUGGGCAACAUGGCUGCAGCAGACCUGUUUGCAGGUAUCGCCUACACCAACCUGAUGUUGAACACGGGCCCCUGGACCAGGAUGCUCACAAAGGAGCAGUGGUACAUCCGCGGGGCUUUAAUUGACAUCAGCCUGACGGCCUCUGUGGCCAACCUGCUGGCUGUCGCCGUGGAGCGCCACCAGACCAUCAUCACCAUGCAGCUGCACAGCAAGAUGACCAAGCGGCGUGUGGUGCUGCUGAUCGUCUGUAUCUGGGUCGUGGGCAUCAUCAUGGGUACAGUUCCCUCGACGAUCUGGAACUGUGAGUGUGAUCUGGAUGACUGCUCCACUGUCGCUCCCCUGUACAGCCGCCGCUUCCUCAUCUUCUGGGCGGUUCUCAACCUACUCACUUUCUGUAUCAUGGUGGCCAUGUACACCCGUAUCUUCAUAUAUGUGAGAUACAAGAGCCAGUACGCGUCUCAGCACACCUCAGAGAUGCGCCACAACCAGACUGUUGUCAACCUCAUGAAAACUAUCUCCAUGGUUCUCGGCGCAUUUGUAAUCUGCUGGACGCCUGGCCUCAUCACUCUCUUACUGGACGGGCUGUUGGGCAAAGACAGCCACGCCAACAACUAUGAGAAGUUCUGUUUGGUGAUGGCAGAGUGCAACUCUCUGGUCAAUCCCAUCAUCUAUUCCCUGCGAGACAAAGAGAUGCGGAGGACGUUCAAGUGGAUCCUGUGCUGCAUUUGUCAGAGGAGUGCAGACCAGCAGAGGGAACUGUCACCUGUGGAGAUCGCCUCACCACUGCCAGAGCUCCAAAGUGUAAGACACAAGUUGUGAAAUGAAAUUCUUGGCUGUGUCCAGAAGUCAGAAGAUCAGGCCAUGUGUCUGGAAACAAAGACAGUUGGACAAUGCGAGGGGUAUGAUGACCUGUAAUAAUAAUUUUACUCUCAUCUAACCAGCACAUAUUGUGUAAAAUUAACGGAUUCUUCAGUUUUUCUGCCGGAUAUCAGCCAACGUUUGCCAAACUACCUCUCCUCCAUGUUUGCAUUUGUGAAUUGAAUUAAAAUUUUAAAUGCA